CGGAUCUGGUCCCCACCGGAGCGCCGCUGCUGCUGGGCACCCGUACUUGCCAGCGUCUCACGCCCCACCUUUACCUCCUCUUCUCCUUUACGUCCGCUUCAUUCCUUCAAAAUGUGUAGUAACAUUUACCAGCUACGCGGUGGGGACACACGUGAGAAAAAAACACAAGCCCUGCCAUACUCUCAUGGAACUCACCAGGCUGGUGGAGGAGGACUUUCAUCAGAGAAUGUGAAAUAAAUUUCUGUUAUGAGUUGUUAACACCAUGGUGAAAUGUUGCUCAGCCAUUGGAUGUGCUUCUCGCUGUUUACCAAAUUCCAAGUUAAAAGGACUGACAUUUCACGUAUUCCCCACAGAUGAAAAAGUCAAAAGGAAAUGGGUAUUAGCCAUGAAAAGACUGGAUGUGAAUGCUGCAGGCAUGUGGGAGCCUAAAAAAGGAGAUGUGUUGUGUUCAAGGCACUUUAAGAAGACAGAUUUUGACAGAACCACUCCGAAUAUUAAACUGAAACCUGGAGUCAUACCUUCUAUCUUUGAUUCCCCAUCUCACUUACAGGGGAAGAGAGAAAAGCUCCAUUGUAGGAAAAACUUCACCCUCAAAGCACUUCCAGUCACAAACCACAAUCACCAGCUUGUUGGUGCUUCCUCAUGUACUGAAGAAUUCCAGUCCCAGUUCAUUUUUGAACAUAGCUACAGUGUAAUGGACAGUCCAAAGAAACUUAAGCAUAAAUUAGAUCAUGUGAUCAGCGAGCUAGAGGAUACUAAGAAAAGUCUGCGGCAUGUUUUAGACCGAGAAAAACGUUUCCAAAAAUCACUGAGGAAGACAAUCAGGGAAUUAAAGGAUGAAUGUCUCAUCAGCCAAGAAACAGCAAAGAGACUUGACGCUUUCUGUUGGGAGUGUCGUCAGGAGGGCAUAGAACAAGACUAUAUUUCAUGAAACUGAUUUCAUGUUCUACCUAAAAUUGACAUUGGUACAGAUUUUUAGAAAAGAAUUCUCAUUUACCAUCAUUAAAUAAUAGCCAUCAUCAGAGUGCUUCUUUGGAUCUUCUGCAGCAUUAUACAUUAGAGUCACCAUCCAAAGACUUAUUUUGAAGAUGUGCAGAAAUUUGUACGAGUUACCUAGUUUUUGUGUGACAUGUGACAAUUAUGUUUUCAUAGACCUAAGCUAGUGCCAGCUCACUAUUGUAAGAUGUUACAAGAUCAGAAAAAUUGUGUAGGACUAAGGAAAUGGUAAUCAAAUCAGCCACAUUAAGCUAGAGUAGUAGGAACUGGACACUUCAGCAGCAUUAGAUUUUUGGCUUCAAAGGAGUACCUUUGCUUGUGUGUGCUUGAUGAUAAGUACAUUGAAUUGUCCUUUAAUGGAUUUUACCAUAAAGCAGAAUUCAGUUACUUUCAGUUACCAUGUGCCUAUCUUGGCUCCAAUCCAAGGUGCUUCUGUCAUAGUAAUACCAAAAGAUCUUUUUAUAAGGCAUCCCGUCGCACUGAACUUGCGAACAGCAUAUGGCGCAGCUCUUUUGGCUUUUAAAGUUCAGAGCCAAGUUAAGAAGACCCCCGAUGAGGGCUCGGCUUUUCGGUACAGUACGUCAUUUCUCUCCACUGGGAGCACUUGGAUAUAAACCCGCAUAGCUUUAACAGGUUUUUAAAGAGGGUCAUAAAUCUCAUUUUUAAAUGGUUAGGUACUCUGACAAUUCUUCUGAACAUUGUGUUUCAUGACUGUAAUUUCAUCAUAAAGGUACAUUCAAAAUCUGAAUGCCAGUAGUAGCAGAUACACUUAAUGUUUCAUAUCUUAUAGAGAGUCAUAUUACCUACAUUUUUUAAAAUACAAAAUACUGAAGAAAUGAUUAAAAAUAAUGUUGUGGCUCUUCUAGUUAAAAUAGGAAUUGGAGAAAGAGUUACAAUACUUUCCUUAAAUUAGGAAAGUAGAUUACUAUCCAAGAGCCUUUGUUUAGAGAAAUAAAUAUGUAAAAUAGCAAUUUUAGAAUAGCUUCUUACUGAAUUUACAAGAGAAUAACUCUUAGUUAUUUUCUGAUUGAUCCAAGGGUCAGAAGUUUAAAUUUUUUCUCCUAAUUUCUUCGUAAAAACAACUGAAGUUAAGAAUCAUAAAUACUGUGGAUUAGGAUAAAAAUUACUAUCCCCCAAAGCCAAAUUCUGCUUUGAAGCAUGUGCAUAUACACAAACUUGUUCUCACAUCUAUGCUGUAAGAGUUAAAAUUUAAAUGUCAGUCAUUUCAGUGUGCUAACUAGAACUGUAUUCUGGGCUAAAAUGUUCAUUGUAAUUCUAUUUGUGUUAUAUUACUAUCAGUAAGGAUAUGGUCACUUGAAUUUUUUAAUAUUUAAGAACUUUGUUUUAAUGCAUGUUAUGUUUUUAUGUAGGAUUCCAAACCUUCCCUCUAAGUGGGAUUUUACCCACCUUUGAGAGAUUAGCAUUAUGCUAAGAAAUCACUGAGGUCCUCCUAUCUUUUUACUACCUUAAAACUCAAGAAUCACCCAUUAUUUAUUUUAGUUAUUUAAUUUUAAAUUCAUAACAGACACUCUCAUGGAAAGUUAGGGUACGAUCUUAGGUUUUACGGAGAUUCUGUGAUAGAGAUGGAGAGACUCAUUCCCUCACCCUAUUUUCAAGUUAAAAAAUGAAAGUCAGUGGACAAUGGAGAAAAAUAAGAGGGCAGAGCCAAGCACAGUAUUGGCCAAAUCCUCGGUCUCUCCCUGGCUGCUUAGAGUAAAUCAAGCCCAGAGGACCUUUCCAAGAGUUAGUUCCCAGUUUCCGCCACCAUCGUCCCAGUUGGCACCAUCAGUUUUCCUACUUGCAUUCAGUGUUUAAGGAACUCAGUUCGUCUGUUUUCGUUGGCCAUAAUAUCACAGAGAGCGAGAUAACCAUGGACAGAAUAUUAGUAUCAUCAAGGACCCAGAGCUACCAUUUGACAUUAUUUUUAUAAAGAAAUGUUUACCAAUAGAGGUCUGACAUACAAAACUGGCUCUUUCCAUCCUGGUCUGCCACCUGCCAGCCACACCAGUAGUGCCUGAACACAGCGUAUACCUCAGUCCACUGUUCCCAGGGCUUCCAGCUUAGCCUGAGGAAGAACUGUCCUGUGCAGAGCAAAACGAGCUGCCCCUUCUAGAGGCCAGCCUGGGGGUCUCACUUUGCUCUCAAGCAUGGGAUUGCCUCUGGGUCCUGGGACAAACCAGCCUUGGCACCAAAUCAGGUACGAAGGACUUGACAUGGGAUUCUUCUCCAUCACAAGUUUAAAUCUCCGGAAAUAGACUUUGGUUGCUAAAGAUAAUCACAAUUAUACCAUAGUCUUUAAUCUGAGAAAAGAUAAAUGUAAUAAAUAUACAUCUAUUUAGGUUUAAUACAAAGAUAAAGUUUUUAUAGAAAUAAUUGAGCAAUGGAGAAUCCAUUAUAUAUUUGAAAAAUAAAAUGUUUUUCACUAA